AUGCCCAAGGACUUGAUCUUAUGCGCAACCUUUUCUUCUGUUGGACCCCUUUUCUGGUGUCUCAACUCUCAAUUAAAUAAUGGGGCGGGUGCGGCCCUCAAAAUCUCGUCAACCACCUUUCGUGGUCUAUUGGUUCAGCCUCAAAUCGUCCCAGGGCCGCUCUGGUGUCAUUUCACCAAACACAAUGAAACCAGUACCAGGAACCACAGCAGAAGUUCAGCUAGAUCCUCUGCUGCCCUCAUCCUGCAGUUUGUUUCAAGAGCUUUACAUUCAUGCCUGGUGUCUGGCCAAGAUUGGUGUUUGCUGAUCGGCGCAAGAUUCAAUGAGGUGCAGGAACUGCAGUGGUAUCGCCAAUGUCGUCAGUCCGCAUCUCGCGUGCUCCGUUUGUAG